UCCCCCACUAUCUUCAUCACACACUGUCCCCGCUCCAUCGCACCCGCUCAAAUUGCUUACAAACAAACCAUCAUCAUUCAUUUGCUUUCUUUCUUGUUCUUCCGUUUCUUUUGCCUCUUUCUUUUGUCUUCUUCCUUUCGAUUUCUUUAUUAAAAAAAAGCAUUUGUUUUCUUUUCUUGUGGCUUUAAUUUAAUAGAGUCUUGUUCUUCUAUAGCCGUUUCAUCUCUCAACCAAAGGCAUCUUCUUUCCUGUCAAGAUCCUGAAUCAUCGGAUCUGAGAGGAAACCAGGGUUUGUUAAAUCUGAUGAGAAACUUCUGAAAAAGGUACAUAGGCUUCAUACUUCUUCUGUUAGUACUCUAAUUCAACCGAGAAAGUCAAAUACUUUACUGCCUGUUUAAUUUUAUCGAAGAAGAAGAAGAUGUCAAUGAGAAACAACGGAAACACUCUACCACCGGUUUUCAUGAAUGAGAACCAGCUGCAAUACCAGACAAACACACAGUCCAAUCAGCUUCACCUCCCCGGAACCAUGGGAGGUGGGUGCACUACUACUGUUGAUCAAGUAAACUAUUUUGCUAACGAGAAUCUCCUCCCAAUGAUUCGGGGUAACAAAAGAGGAAGGGAAGUUGAAAGCAUUACUAGACAACAGAAGCUUCAGAUGUCUUUAAACUAUAAUCAUAACAAUAUUAGUGUUCAAGAAGAAGCCCCCAAGGAGAAUCUAGUCUCCACUGGUCUUAGACUGUCUUAUGAUGACGAUGAACGCAACUCAUCAGUGACUUCUGCUAGUGGUGGCAUUGUAGCUGCUUCUCCAAUCUUACAAUCACUCGAUGAUAGUCUUCGGAUCGAUCUCCACAGACAAAAGGAUGAGCUUGACCAGUUUUUAAAAGUUCAGGCAGCUCAAAUGGCGAAAGAAGUGAAGGAUAUGAAACAGAGACAGAUUGCUUCUUUUCUCAACACAGUAGAGAGAGGAGUGAGCAAGAAGCUUCAAGAGAAAGACAACGAGAUUGAUAUCAUGAACAAGAAGAAUAAAGAGCUCGUGGAGAGGAUAAAGCAAAUAGCAAUGGAGGCUCAGAAUUGGCAUUACAGAGCAAAGUACAAUGAGUCUGUGGUUAACGUUUUAAAGACAAAUCUACAACAAGCAAUGUCCCACAACAACAACAACAAUGUGGUUGCUGGUGCAGAUCAUGGUAUAGAAGGGUUUGGAGACAGUGAAAUAGAUGAUGCAGCUUCAUCACACAUUGAUCCAAACAACAACAACAACAACAUGGGGAGUCAGAGGAUGAGAUGCAAGAUGUGUCAUGGGAAAGAAGUAUCGGUGUUGCUAGUGCCGUGUAGGCACUUGUGUUUGUGUAAGGAAUGUGAUGUAUUCACUGGGUUUUGUCCUGUAUGCAAGUCUUUGAAAACUUCUAGCGUUCAGGUCUUCUUUUCCUGAAACAAAACAGAAAAGAAUUGGGAUACAUUAUAUGAAUCUUCCAACUUUUAAAAGCUAUUAUUAAUAUUA